AACAUUACUUUCAUAAUUCAUUUCUUCCCAAAAUAUACAAACAAUAAAUAAACCAAGAUGCUACUAUAAAAAACUAAACACUUUUUUCUUCCAACAUUUUCAUGAUCAUUGUAUUUACCAUAGAAUUUCUAUCAUCACAACUAUGGCUACAGUUGCAAAGAUUCAAUUUUUUUCUGAUUGUUUGAACCAACAAAGGCUUAGAAAAGGAUUUUGUAGCUAUACUUCAUCUGGGGUACUUGGUUUUGGUCAUAAUUUUGAUGGGUUGAAAAAGUGUAGGGCUUUUAAAAAUGAAGAUGGUGGUGAAGUGAAGGAGAAAAAGAUUAGAAAUUUGAAGAAAAAUUAUGAGGUGAAAGUUCAAAGGGAAAGUGGGUUUUGGAAUUCUUUUAGGUCUGUUUUGUUGGGGAAUUUGAUGGUGGGUUCAAAGUUGGAUGAUGAGUAUAGACAAGCUGUUGUGAGGGUUGAUGAGGUUCUAUCUAAGAUUGCUGUUCAAAUUGGAAGAUAUAUUGUGACCAUGAUGAGCACCGGAGUCAUCCUUGCAAUUGGAUUUCAGAUGUCAGGUGGAGAUAGUCAAAUGGAUGCAUUGAUAUGGUAUAGUUGGCUUGGUGGAGUUAUCAUUGGGACAAUGAUAGGUUCUAACUGGGUGUUGGAGGAUUAUUGUCGUGCCGGUCCACGUAAUGUUGUCAUAACUGGGAGUACAAGAGGAUUAGGUAAAGCCUUGGCCCGGGAGUUUCUUCUUUCGGGAGAUCGUGUAGUAGUUACCUCUCGAAGUCCUGAGUCUGUGCAAGCAACUGUCAAAGAGCUCGAGGAAAAUCUAAAGGAAGGCAUUGCCAAUGCAGUCGGUUCUUCUCUGACAAAGCUUUCUCAUGCGAAAGUUGUAGGCAUUGCUUGUGACGUUUGCGAGACUCAUGAUGUUCAAAGAUUGUCAAGCUUCGCUGUCAAUGAGCUGGGUCAUAUUGACAUUUGGAUAAACAAUGCUGGAACAAAUAAAGGUUUUAGACCAUUGCUUCAAUUUAGUGAUGAAGAUAUUAAACAGAUUGUCUCAACAAACUUGGUCGGUUCUAUCCUAUGUACUCAAGAAGCUAUGCGAAUUAUGAGAAACCAAACCAGGGCAGGUCACAUAUUUAAUAUGGACGGUGCAGGUUCUGGCGGCUCUAGCACGCCUCUGACAGCUGUCUAUGGUUCUACAAAGUGUGGCCUUAGACAAUUUCAGGGAUCGCUAUUGAAGGAAUGCAAACGAUCGAAAGUAGGUGUCCAUACAGCAUCUCCAGGCAUGGUUCUCACAGAACUGCUUUUAAGUGGCUCAACUGUCCAAAACAGGCAAAUGUUUAACAUCAUAUGCGAGCUUCCGGAAACCGUUGCUAGAACAUUAGUUCCACGGAUGCGAGUUGUCAAGGGAACAGGCAAGGCCAUCAAUUACUUGACUCCACCUAGAAUCUUACUUGCAUUGGUCACUGCUUGGUUACGACGAGGUCGCUGGUUCGACGAUGAGGGGAGAGCAUUGUAUGCAGCCGAAGCAGACCGACUUCGAAACUGGGCGGAAAAUCGAGCGAGGUUUUCCUUCACCGAUGCAAUGGAAAUGUACACAGAAAACACUUGGGUAUCAGUCUUCUCACUUUCAGUUGUUUGUGCUUUCAUUAUACUUUCUAGCACUGGAAACAAUUUGCCUGGAACUUCUUGAUACCUUGAUGCCAAUUUGAAAUCAUCAAAACAAUAGAAUAAAUCUAAACCAUAAAACAAGGUGGAUCAGAUUUUUUUCUCAACAUGUUCACCUAAAACUCCGUUCAAACAUUUUGUAGUAGUGUGUAAUCUUUAGUGGUAUGUGUUUGUGAAUUCCAUGUAUAGACUUCAUGUUAAUCAAGCAUUUCCCAUUGAGAUGCUUAUAGUCAAAGUAAUAUUUAGUUUGUACUAUGUGUAAUGUAUAGCCAGAUUAUUAAAUGUGUAUACUACUAAGAUGAACUUUAUCAAAUGACUAAAUAUUAAGAAUUA